CUAUUGAAAACAUGGGGGUGUGAUAGUUGGAGAGUUACACUCACAGUUCCGUAUUGGCGUACUGCAGCCAUCGAUGUUAAAUUGGCUGUUUGUCAGCAAAAUAUUAUCAAAAGCUACUAUGGCCUCAGAGAAAGAGACAGAAACUCCCAUUCUACAUGUGAUUGUUGUCGGCUUUCAUCAUAAAAAGGCUGUUGAAUAUUCCUACCCUCCAGUAAUUGCAGGGACUUCUGUGGAAAGUCACGAAUUACCUCAACAGUGGAAGCAUCUGCCAUCACUUGCAUUACCUGAUGGUGCACACAAUUUUCUUAAAGAUACUGUUUUCUUUCAUCUUCCUGGUAAAGGAGCAUCAGAAAAAACAGUCUACUGUGUAUCUUGUUAUCGACAAAUUGAUGCAAAGGACUUGCUGAAUCGUACCGCUGACAUCACUAGAAGUACAGUGCAGAAAAGUGUCUGUGUAAUCAGUCGUCUGCCUCUAUAUGGACUUAUAAAAGCAAAAUUGGAGCUUAUAACACAUGCCUACUUUGAUGAAAGAGACUUUAGCAAAGUUGAGCUGUUGGAGCAAACUUUUAACAAUCUCAAUGCCUCACUUACAGAAAGUCUUCUAAGUAGCAGCAGUCAGAUAUUUUUGGGUUUAUCCACAAGGGACUUAGUUGCUCGCUUCAAACACAGAGUUAUUGCUUUGUUCAAACUGAUUCUACUUGAGAGAAGAGUUCUGUUCUUUGGAUCUCCCGUGGAAGAGCUUGGUGGGACUAUUCUUUCUCUUCUGUCUUUGUUUCCAGGUAUGCUUGAGUUUGGACUGGAACAGGCAGUUAGUCAUGGAGGACAGAGACUUGUUUCACCUACCAUGGAGCUAGCUUCUCUAGAUCCAAGUGACAAUGGAACUGGAGAAGAAUUUUUAGAAGUUCGUUACCACAGCUCUCCUCAGGAAGAAACAAACCCUCCCUUAUUGGAAUUUGUGCAGGGGGCUUCUGUCAACUGCACUGGUGAAGAACCUGAAUCACCAACAAUACCACGUGAUAUUACACUUGACCUUUCAUCCACUCAAGUGCAAGAAGCAGAAUCUUCCAACCUUAAAGCUCGAAAAAAUGCAGAAAAUGAACAGCGCAAAAUGUCAGGCAAGAACAUAGACCAUGAACAAGACAAGAUGUCUAUGGAAAGUGAUGGAAUAAACCACAGCCAUUCUUCUUUUCUAGGAAUUUCUGAGCUUGAAGUUCAUAAAACCAAGAGACAGUCAAGCAUCAAAGAUGAGGCUUCGUUGUCAAUCCUGAAUAGUAGCAGUAGUUCAGACCUACCGGUGGCUAGUAAUACCCUGCAGCCUGAGCUAUCAUCACAUAUGCCAGAGGCAGUAGAUAUUCAGUUUACAACCCGCGAUCAAAGUCCUUUAAAGGACUUAAAAAGUAUUAUACAAGUUCAGGCAGUCCAAACUGGCAGGACUCUGCUUAGUGCUCAAGAUGUUGCAAACCACUAUGACAUGGAAGUGCAAGCUCCAUCAAUGGGAUCUGAAGUUGCUACAGGUGUGACAGAACUGGCUGUGUGUGUGGCAGGCACAGAUCCUUUGAUGGUUCGCAGUGACAGUUUUGAGGAGCUAGAUUCUCCAGAAAGUAUCAGCAAGAUUGAUCGUGAAGACUGUUUCUCCUGGGAGCAAGAUAACUUGCAUUUAGCUCUUGCAGUGGAUAAUGAGGAUUUUCUUGUGUCUAGUCAUGCACACAUUCACAAGAGCACAGACAGUGUGGCUCAAGCUGAACCGAGUGUUGCCAAUAACCAACAAAAUGCAUAUAUGGAAGAGCAGGGUACGCCGUCAUCUGAUGAUGGUUCCCAGGCAGCCAUGCCACAUGACUUGUCACCUUCCAAGCAUAUUUCAGGACCACUGAAGAAUCUGCAGAAAAAAGCUGGAAGCCCUGGUAGGAAAACGGCUGUUUUGAGAAACAAGCUGUCAAAAUCUUUUGGAAAAGUAGGAUCUAGAACAAAAGAUCAAGAUGUGAAUACUGUGGAGAUGAAGCCAAUUGUUAGGGGAGAGGUGCACCUCCAGCAGGAUGACUUUGGUUUUCCAUUAGCUAUAUUCUCUAAGGGGUAUGUGUGCCAUCCAUAUCUCAGCUUGCAGUUUCACAGCAUUUUGAAUGAUGUCAACGUGCGGGGUUUUGUCAUUGGGGCUACAAAUGUCCUCUUCCGACAGCAGAAACAUGCUACUGAUGUAAUUAUUUUAACAGAUGAGUGCAAAGUGGAGAUUAGAGACAAAGAUUUGCAAAAGCAGUUACAUCUAACAACAGCAGAUUUGCGCUUUGCAGAAUAUCUUGUUCGUGUUGUGACUGAAGAAAAACACAACAUUUUGUUUGAUGGAACAGAAUGGGAAGGCAGUGAUGAAUGGAUUCGUGCUCAGUUUCGUGUCUACCUUCAGUGCCUUUUAUCUGCAAUGCAACAAGAGGAUUCCAAACUCCUUGAAGAUUAUGGAAUUCCUUUCAUCUCGGCCUGGAGAACUACACAUAACUAUCAUCAUUGGCUAGACACAUCUCCACACCCCAAGAUGGCAGAGAUUUCUGCAGCGCAUCCUUAUCAAGGAAACUUUAAUGUGAAUGAUGUGAGAAUGAAGCUUAAUCAUACAAUGCAAAGCUCAGAAAAGGGCCGCAAAUUGAAUGCAGCAGUAGUUCAAACUGGAAAAUAUGUGAUGCAAACAGGAAAAGCAGUUGGGGGUGCUUUCAGUUCUGCCCGGUCAGCAGUGUCCUCAUGGUUCAACAGUAUUGCUAGUGAUUGGAAGCACAGCGAUGAGGAGGAUGAAGAGGGAGAAGAAAAAGAUAACAAGGAUACAGGCAGCAAAGAUGGAUAGAUUGGUUCACAGUUUUCUUUUCAUGGAUUAGUUCCUUUUGUAACAGCCAAAUUGCUCAUGCAAGAUGUCAUUACAAGCCACUUCUGUGUUGAAAUUUGUUUCAGCACUGCUAAAUAUGGUUUAUUCUUAUACAUUAUUGAUUAUAAAUUCUUGACCAAAAACCCAAACUUUUGGAAGAUAAAUGAGAGACACUAAGCUGCAACCGUUGAGCAUUGUGUGUUCACAGCAUCUAAAUGAUCCAUAUAUCUAAGGAGUGGUUUACAAAAGGAAAGGAUUUUCUUAUAGUCACGUGCAAUAAUGCUUUGUUAAUGUUUAGACAUUGUCAUGUACCAAGGCAUGUUAAGGAGUUUGUGUAUGCAAGUUUGCAUUCAUGCAUAGAAGUAUAUCUAUGCAUAAAUAUAAACAUUUAUGCUGACUGAGUGCAGCAUUGUUUUUGGUUGUUGUUUUUUUUCGGGGGGAGGGAAGGGAGGGGUUUGUGGAAGAUAUGUAUCCAUGGUUAAUUCCACUGAGGAAUGUAGAAUUUUCCCUGCAUUUGCUUCAUCUAUGAUGAAGGUUAUGUUUAUCGUCAUAGAUUGUUGAGGUGAUUCAAAAUGUUUUGAAUUAUAGCAUUAUCAAAUAGAUAACAAGACACGAAACAUUUCUUUUUCUGAAAAGAAGCGACAUUUUUUUUACUGAGAAAGUGGUGUUUCUUUGGCUAUUUUCAUAUUUCAAAUAAGAUCCAGCUUUCAUUUACUAGAUCCUGAUUUUGGCCUUUAUAUGGUAUUGCAAAUUAAUCCGUACAUCCAGCUGGAGGGUAUUAAUUAUAUGAAGUCUUUCAGUAAGGAUUUUAAUAUUUCACUGUAAUUAUGCAACAGCAACUAUAACUUCAAAUGAUCAUUUAAUUUCCUUUUGAUUUACAUUAUUACAUAAUCUCAAACAGCAUUGCUUAUUUUCAAAAUACAUCUUAAAGAAAAGAAAGCAUUAAGAAUGUCUGUAUGACUGUUCUGUCUCCCACACAUCCAUGCAAACAAUUUUCCUAUGUGUCCUUGAUGAAAUUGUUUCCUUAAUAAACCUAUGGUUUAUUGGUAUCUAGCAUAAUGGCACAUUGCCUGAGUGUUCAGGACUUCUUACUAUCUCUUUGUGGAUGUGAGUGUAUGUUUGUAAAGCAUUGAAGGCUGUGAUGCUAUGUACAUGACAAGAUCACAUUUGUUUCCUGUUUAUUAUUUCAUAAGGGGAACUGUUUAUAAACUAAUAUAACCUGAAAAGUUUGCUCAUUUUCAUGCUGCAACAACCUUUCAGUUGACAAAAACAUUAUGCCUGAUACCUGAAAAUAUCAGGAGUUGUUAUGAGAACUUUGUUUCCCAGCAGAUAUGCAUUAAUACUUAUUGUGAUGUCUAUAUAACUUUCUAAAAAUGUCACUUUCACUUUGUAAUAUGACUUUUUCAGCUUUGAACUGUGCAGAAAACUGAAACAGCAAAUGACUAAAACCCUCAUAGAAAAUUACUCUCUUAUGACCUGUUUUUUGAGGAGUGGUGGGGUAUACAGUCCUGCUUGAAUGGAGUUACACUUGCAAAUAAUAUAAAAUAUAUUUUAUAUGUCUAUUAACACCUACAUAGUUUAUGAUUGUGUCAUUAUUUGAUUUAAUCUCCUUGUAAUACUUUUUGGUACCCCUGGGAUUAUUUAGAAAUAUUGAUGCACAGGUGAUAUUUCGUGAUUCAGUUACUUGUGUGUGCAUGCAGUACAUGUAAGCUUGUAAGUAUGCAUGUUACAGCCAAAGAAUAGGAGUGUGAUGGGGGCUGUGUACAGUUUUACAGUGUACAUGUACACGCAUGCAUUUGUUUCUAUUGCAGUGUGCCAGUGUGGGAACAUUUAUUUUUAAUUAAGAAAUUUGGUGCAAUAUAUUUUUCCUUUUAUUUAUUUUAGUUGGGAAAAUAAUGACUUUUAAAAAUCCCAUUUAAUUAGUAUAUUAUUUUAUAUUUUGAAUAUCACUAAUAUUUAGGUAAUAUCUUCUGUAGUCUUUUGUGUGUUCAUCUUUGAAUCAGAUGGUUGUAGGUUUGAGGCUUCUGUUGUUUUUAUGAUUGAAACACUCCUUUAGCUCACCCAGCAGCAUUGACUGCUUUUUCGUUAAGGGAGGUUAAAAGGCAGGCACAGAAGAAUAGGAUUUGGCUUCUACAUGCCAUAGCUUAGACAUGGUAGAACACCUACAUUUCAUUGCGCCCAUCACCACCAAAAGAGUUGUGCAUAUUUCAUUAUUUUACUGAUUUAGGAUUGUAAAUACAACAGGUCACAGUGACAAAAGCAUAUAUCAUUGUUAAUUAUAAAGAACUUUAGCAUUUGUUGGUAAAUCUUGUAUGUUGGUUGUUGGAAUUUUAUACAUGUUUGAAUAUGUAAAAAGAAAAAAAUGGUACUAUGCAUAAAUAUAUGUAAGUGUGUAGAUAUUAUUUUUGAGUGCUGUACAAUUCUUGUGUUUAUUGUAGUGGACUUUUUAUGUACUACUUUUUUUUAGCUGUAGCUGUCAUUGAGCAAAGUUCUGCUGUACUUUUAUAUGUCCGUAAUGUCAUUCCAUUGUUCUUCCCUUUCUCACAGAAGAGUUCAUAAAAGUUGGUGUCAGCUGUGUUAGCUUGUUGCUUACAAGAAUACUGUUAACAACUAUGUCUUACAGCUGACUGCUGUGCACAGAAUGUGUGAAAACUAUUCACACAAUCAGCAGCUAGCUUUGCCUUUGUAAAUGUUUGCAAUGGUUUGCAAAUCUUGUUAUGGAUGUGGGAAAGACCUACUCAGGAACUGAUUAUUACAUUUUGGUUAGUGUUUGAAUUUUGGAAUAAAAAGAAAAUAUGUAUACAGCUGCGAAGUUAGAAUGUUUUAGUUUGUGACUCAGUUCAUGCCAUGUGGUGUAUGAGAUAAUGAAAAUUUAAGUGUUAAAAUUGUUAGUUCUCCUCUUCUUUUGAAGUAAUCCAUAAACAUCUGGAAGUAGACUUCACAGCUUAGUGAUCCAUGCACUUGUCCUCAGAGCAGAUCUGCUGCUUAGGCUUGUGACUGUCCACCUAGUAGUAAUGGAUACCUGAUUUACCAGAAAGUAUAAAAUGCAGUGGACUUCUACAUGCUAUGCCUUAGACAGUUUAUUGUUCCUAGGCUUUUAAGCUCUGAGACAUUGCUCUUUUGUAUAAGUAUUGCUCUACAAACAGGAAGAGACAACAGUGCCAUAAAUUAAAAGGCCAACUCAAGCAGUAUGAAGCAUUGUACUAUGCAUGUAUCUCCUUUCAGGUUCACUACCCACCAGACUGAGACAAUGUUGACAAAUGCAACAUGAACAACUUUUAAGCAAGUGUUCUUUUUCUCUUAGAUCAGAAAUGGUGUCCUUCACUGAGGCCUAUUCUGAAAAAUGUCUUAUUUGAGAUUUGGUUUAUUGCUCAUAGUUUCAUAGUUAGGGGAGGUAGAGGAGUGUGGCCAGUGCAUUUGAAAGCCACUCAAAACUUUUGUCUGUCCAGUGAAUACCAAAAACUGGGCCAUGAUUUUGAAGUUUUACAACAUUUGCAUAAGUCUCCUCCUCAGCUUCUUUGCCUAUGGGUUGUGUACAGUGAGCAAUGCUCCCUUAUUAGGAUCUAAACAGCUCACGCAGAAACAAAGCAUUAUUUUCUCAUCGUGCAUAUUUUUACUAGUUGAUGAAUGCAGGUGUGUGCUGCAAUGUGAAGAUUUGAUAGUGUAGUUUAUUACUUACAAUGUGAUACCCUGAGUCUGCACGGUAACUUGCUUAUUUAACAUUUCCGGUCUUUUGUUUGCAUGCGUUGUUUGCUUGACUUAUAAUUUUAAUUUUCCUACUGAGAAAAAUCCUUUAGAAUUGUCACCUAAAGAGCUUGUUUCCUUGGCUGGAAAAGCAGUUAGAUUUUGAUGAUGCUGAGCUCAUCUUCCAAGCUUAUAGUUAUGUUCAGCAGAUCUGCACUAGGUUGUUCACAUUGGAUUUCCGUGUCUCAAUUUUAUUUAUUUUAUGAAAAAACAGACAUAAUAAACUGAAAUGGCCUGCAUGAUUGGCCCUUAGCCUUGAUGUGCAGAUUUUCUUCCUCGCACAUAGCAUUGUACUAUUUUGUAUUUUUGGCAAUAGUUUUUUAUAUUUUAACAGUUUUUACACACUUUCAGUUUUAAUUUUAUGACAUUUCAUUGUAUGAUGUGCAAGAUAUAUGAAAUAAUAAUAGGCAAACGAAGUCAAGAUAUUAAAACUUGACACGAAGGUCACAGACACAUUUGUCUCAAUAUCUCUGUGCAAAAGACAGGAGAGAAGUGUUAAGUGAGGUUUUGCACCACUGUUAAAGGCUUGCAUAAUCAUAUAUUUUUGUCUUUCCCCUUGUAAAAUUCAGAACUUAAAAAAAAAAAAACUUUAAAAAGCACUGUGAAAUGAAGUUUUUGACACUGGGUCUAAUUUUAAUCUUCUACCCAAAGAAGUGCUCAACUUCAAUUAAAACACUGAGUCUAUAAAUGAUACAGUAUGUAUGGAUUAAAUGUGAAAUUUGCUUUUUUUUCUUUUCUAACAAUGUCAUAUAAAUGGUCUUUUUGUGACAACUUGCAAACACAUUUUGUUGAUCUUUCACAUGAAUGAGUGCAUGGUAUUCUUGAUGUGUUAAAGAGUUUAAUUGCUUCUUUCUAAUUUGAAAUUAUUUGAAAGCAGUUUAAAAAUAUAUUUCAUCAAUCGCAAUAUUUUUGUCAGAUGCAGGUCUCUAAAUAAGAUCUGUUUGAUUAUGGUACAUAUAUUUUUGGUAACUAUAUGUGGGAUGUUGGAGAUGGGUCAAACAGUUCUUUUCUACUCAAAUUGUCAACAAAUAUCUUCAGAACUUUAGAAA